AUGGACAUCAUCCCUCACAAGAACAACGAGGAUGCCCCAGCCAACAAGAACAUGGACACACAGCCGCGCUUUUAUUCCACCAAAAAGCGUUAUCAAAAAUCAAAGGUGCGAUUGGUACGCCCUACUUUCGAGGAACAAGAGGCCUUUCUCAAGGAUGUAAUUGAUGGAAAAAUGGAAAAGGAUGAAUAAAAUAAACAGAGGUAUGUGCUAAACUGACAUUUAGAAUUAUCAUAUCUGUAAUAAUGAUUAUCAUGAUGAUCAUGAUGACAAUGAUCCAAGCAUUUAUACAGUGCCACUUCCAAAAGGGCAAUGGUGCUUUACAAUAUAUUAGAGAAUGUGUAAAAAACUAAGCAAAACUCAUAAUUCUAGAAAGUAACAUACACUCGACUUACUAAGCAUAUCUACUUUAUUGUAACAGUGCUAAUGCCUUCGAAUUAAAUAAAUAGGAUGAGAAAAGAAACUACAAAGGGACAAAGUCUCUGCUUUAAUACUUACAGGAAAUGUUACCUCUAAUAGCCGAGACAUUUUAUAGAAUUAUAAAAAUUUUGUAUUCUACAACUUAUAAUUCCACAGAAGACAGAAAAAAGAUUCUUUGGUUUGCUAGUAAGAAUGCAGUGCAAGCACUAAUGCAAAUGGGACAGCAGAUACCAGUGAAUGUUAGACAAGACGUCACUGAUCUUCCUGAGGAAGUGAUCGAAGCUGACAUUACAUCUAUCAAGGAGUUCUUUGAAGAUACUGCUUGGGACCAAGUGUUAGCUAAAGGUACUGCAUCUUGCAAAUAAUGCUAAGAAACACAAAAACCUAGACUACAGAAAAUCAUUUCACCAAACGUUUUUUCACAUGUUCAAUCUGAGUUGGCAUCAAUAUUUACCCUAGGGACUUUGUCAUGUAUAUAAGUGAAGAGGAAGUGAUAAUGUACUCGAUUUGUUAGACUUCAAAAUGUUUCAAUUUGGUUAAGGCUGGCCAACCAAAGAGUCCAGUGGCCAGAAUGCCAUGACAGUGACAAACAAAAUCGAAAAUAUUUCAUACUCCAGGGACUUCACAUCCCGAGUAACCCACCUAGAUCUAUACAUACAUGCACUCCGAUUGUCUGCAUGUCUGGUUCCAGAAAAUAACCAGACACCCCUCCCCCUCCCUUAUGGGAGAUAUUUUUGGUGUGAACCCUCCCACUCCUCUGGAAAUUCCAAUUUAGCUAUGUAGUUUCUUUAUAAAACAUUUGUCCCUCCCCCCCUUCCCCCUUCCCCUCCAACUUGGAAUGUCAUUUUUUUACUUUCCUUGGGCGGAUAUCUUCUGGAACUGCACAAUGGUUUUAACAUCACUUGUUCAGAACAAGACAGAUGAAAAGACAUACCAAAUGGUUCUUUGAUGAUAACGUAGAUGUAACUCAGCAUAAACCACAGAACCAGUGAUAUGUUAUUUCUUGUCUUGAUACUGGAAGAACUUAGAAAAAGCUGGACAUGCAGUAAUUGUAAAAUUGCUGCACACACCAAUAUGAUAGAAUGUGAUGGAUGUGCUCUAUGGUAUAACUGGUGAGUCAACGACGUGUACCAACCACUUUUCAUUUUUGAGAACCUAUAAGAGAAAUGUUAUAGUUGCCUCUCCAGUUUCAGUUUUUGGAAAGUUGUGGAUGAAGAAUUAUAAAGCCUUCCCUUCAAAUCAUUUCGGCAAGAAAUAAGAAAAUAAUUUCUUGACAACCUUUUAAUUUACAUCCUUUUCGAACUAUAUUAUUUUUCCUUUCCCCCUUUUUGUUUAUUAUCCUAUAUUUAUGAACUGUUUACUUACAAAUUGACCUAAAUUGCUUCCGUAAGAAUAACUCUGGUAUAUAACCUAAAACGCUACUUUAUUAUGAGAAAAAUAUAUUUGACUUUUGUUAUUGCACACUGAUCAUUAACCUUGGGUGUUACAUCUCAUUUAUUGUUACAGGUCCUGUGCUGGAAUCAAGGGAGAACCGAAAAGCUGGUACUGCAAGAAUUGCAACCCUAGUGACAAGAAAAGAAAGAUGCAUUAA